AUCAACACUACCAGAAGACUGCCAGCUAAGGCGAUCAACCAGGUUUGCUGAAGACGAAUCUUCCAUAAUGGCUGUUGGCGGUAUUCCUGAAUGCUAUUCUAACCUUACUGAAGCUGAAUUACAUGAAAACCAGCAGGCACAAAAUGAAGAGAUUGAAGUCCUGAAGUCGAUCUUUGAUGGGGAGGAUGAAAAACUUGACAUUCUUUCUCAGGCAAGCCCAGGGGAUGGUUCCCAGAUAGCACUCACUAUGUUGAAGCUGAAUGUACCUGUGUUCAGUCCAAACCAGAUCCAUGUGGCCGUGUAUCAAACAAUUGAUCAGAAUGGUGACAGUACAGUUAAUAGUAGUGGUGUCCAGCUAUCCAGAUCACAGUCUGGCCAGCGGAUGAUAUGGGAAUUCGCUGUUGACUACCUGCCCCCGAUAUGUCUUCACGUCACUCUGCCCCAGUCCUACCCAUCUCAGGAGCCCCCAAUCUACGCAGUUGCUUGCCCCUGGAUGUCCCCCCAGCAGCUCACGCUUGUUUGCCAUGAGCUUGACAAAAUGUGGGACACUGGCAGCCAUGAUGGCUCAGCGCCUUGUAUGCCGGUCUUGUACACGUGGAUAGACUGGCUGACGGAGAAUGUGCUGAGCAUGCUGGGAGUUGUUGACAGCCUGUCUGUGAGUGUUCACAGUGUGGACGAGGAUAUUGAUGAUUGCAGGGUUGUCAUGGAAACGACAGAUUUGAACAACAUCGUCACUACCAUGAUUAGGUACAAUAUGUCACAACGCCUCAGAGACUUUUACAGAUCCAAUCAGGAGUGUGAGAUUUGCUAUCACUCUGGACCCGGGGCUCAGUUUGUCCUGUUACCCGAUUGUGGACAUCACAUGUGCCGGAACUGCCUCUCCAGUCAUUGCCUGACCAUUGUGCAGGAAGGGAAUGUGCACAACCUACUCUGUCCCAUGUACAAGUGCAAGGCUGACCUACAUCCCACAAUUCUCAAGGAGCUUCUCUCCAAAGAGGACUUUGAGCGAUAUGAGACAUUGGCACUACAGAAAGCCCUUGACGUGAUGGAUGAUGUAACCUACUGCCCACGGUGUAACUGUGUCGUUAUCAGUGAACCAGAGAAGCACCUGAUGCUUGGUGUAUGCCCACAGUGUAACUUCACAUUUUGUACAGAGUGCAGGCAGAGAUGGCAUCAGGGCGAAAAGUGUGCGUCAAUUACUGGUGAUGUGAAGGAGAUAGUCACAGGGAAUCCUAGCAAAGAAGCCAAAGAGCAACAUAGAAGAGAGAUGGAAAAGAGAAAGGAAAACAGAUAUAGUGAUCUAUAUGUUCAGAAGAUGUCAAAGAAAUGCCCAAAAUGCAGAUCACCCAUGAUGAAAAUCGGCGGUUGCAACUUUGUGAAAUGCGGUCUCUGCGGACAAAGCCUGUGUUUUGCCUGUGGUGAAGCAAUUGUCGGCUAUCAACACUUUGUGGACAACACUGCAUGCAGUACGUUUUCCACGGAUACAAUGAUCGACAAUGCUGACAUGCCGCUAGGUAUCCACUAUCUGUACAACUACCAGGCUCCUGUCAUGCAGGCAAACAGGCCAAGGGAGAGGGACAUGGCAGAAAGCGAGGGACGAAGAAUCAAAGAUCGUCUUGCUAAUGACCCACAGUUGAAGGCCGAACGUUGUUUUGCAUGCAAGCAGACAAAUAUCAAAGAGAAUAGAAACAAUCUCAUCCGGUGUUGGAGCUGCAAGGCAAGCUUCUGUUGUUACUGUAAGUGCAAGAUUGUGGGACCGGUGGGGCGACACUUCUCUGGGGCAAGAGCCUGUCCUCAGCACAGUGAUUGACAAAGUUUCAUCAGUCAUUGCUGGGGUACAGAAAGCGUGACAAAUGACUCAUGAAAGGCUGGAAAAUGGAGGAAAUUUUGAAAAAAAGAGGAAAAAUUUGAAAAAAGAUGAAUAGAUACAGAGGACAAUAUGGGGAACAUUGGAAGAGUGUAAAUGAAGGAAAUAGUUAUAAAGAGAAGAAUUACAAUGGAGGAAAGUGGUAAAACAGGAAGAGCGAUAAUGGUGGAAAAUGGUGAAUUUGACAAAGACUUAGACUGAAUGAAACUAAUUAAACUGAGGAAGCAUGAGAAUGUACGAAAAUAGUGAAAAAUAUGAAGAGUGAAACAGAGGAAGAGUGAAAAUGUAGGAAAACAGUGAAGUAGACGAAGAGUUAGAAUGGAGACACUAAUUGAACUUACAUGUAGGAUGAUUGAGAAUGGAGGAAAAUAAAGAAACAGGGAAAAAGUAAAACAGAUGAAGCAUGAGAUUGUAGGAAAAUUGUAAAACAGAACAAGACGUGAAACAGAGAAAGAUGAAGAUUGUAAAAAUGAAAAAAGGCAAUUUCAUAAUUUUGCAAAUGAGAACAAAGGAAACUUAUUUAGGUCAUUAUGAGGAGAAAGUACAUGCUUCCACUUAGUAACAUGUCCUUUUUAAAUUUUAUUCCAACACCUAUAUAUAAUUCAAUAUAGAAUUCUAAGUCUCCCUGUACAAAUGUGAUAUGCAUGUGAUAAAUAAAUGUAUAUGAUAUUAAUGUGAUAAGUUAUUGCAUGUGAUAUUUUUGUGAUCAAUUAUUGUUUGUAGUAAUUCACUUAAUUGCAAAUAAUUGUCAAUUAUCUGCUCAUAAUAUUAACGCUGAAAGUUAUUAAGUUAAAUGGGAAACUAAUUUUGAUUUGUGAAAUAUAUAUUAAGUUCGAAAUAAUCAAUGAAAUGUUAUUAUGAUUUUGAAAAAUAAAAUAGAUUUUUCGUGAUAAUAAAUAAUUGAAACGUUGAAUGUUUCGUAUUAAAUAUAUUCUUAUUAUUAAUAUCCAAAAAAAUGUCAACUGCCAGUGCAAAAGCCCUCAGAACCAUGACUGAAACGUCACUUAAACAUGUCUGAGAUAUUGAGGAAAUUUACCCCCCCGACUUAUGGCAGGGUCAAGGCAAAAAACCAAGUUUUUCUAGCCACAUUAUACCCCUCGACUUAUGGCCGAGGUAGACUUAUGGCCGCGAAUGUACGGUAUUUUUUAAUCAUUUUGAUUGCAAUACAUAAUUUACUGUGAAAUUUCCAUGUAAUAUUGUAUUGUCAGUGUUGUAUUUGUAUAUUUUAUAAUCAAAUAUUGUAAUUUGAUAUUUUAUAUACUGUAAUGAAAUAAAUUUCCCCAAAUUAAAUACUGUAAAUGCUU